AUGGCUACAUCUACCGGCGGAGGAUGGGCCCAGUUACGCCAACAGGCUAGGUCACUCGAGACUCAGACCGAGGCCCUUUUCCACACAUAUUCCCAAUAUGCAUCAAUGUCACAAUUGCCCCCUAAACCCUCAGAGGAGGAGCAACGGAUCGAGAGUCAAAUCCAGAGUCUCCUCGAAAAGCGUGAAUCAUUAAUCGGCCAACUCACCCGCCUACUCGACUCCGAAGCCACCCUCACCUCCUCAGCCCUCAAACAAAACAAUCUCGCCCGCCACCGGGAAGUCCUAUCAGAACACCGCCGCGAACUAAACCGCCUCUCGUCCAGCAUCUCCGAAGCCCGUGACCGAGCAAAUCUUCUCUCAAACGUACGCUCCGACAUCGACGCCUACCGAUCUUCCAAUCCCCAUGCCGCAGAGGCCGAGUACAUGCUCGAAGAGCGCGGGCGCAUCGACAAUAGCCAUAACAUGAUGGACCGAGUUCUCUCGCAGGCAUAUGCUGUCAAUGAGAGCUUUGGUCUGCAACGCGAGACUCUGGCCAGCAUUAAUCGGCGUAUCGUCGGUGCUGCAGGACAGAUCCCUGGAGUCAAUUCUUUGAUCGGUAAAAUCGGUGCUAAGCGGAGACGGGACGGUAUUAUUCUCGGCUGUUUUAUCGGAUUUUGUUUUAUGAUGUUGUUGCUUUUCAGGUAG